UCUAUAACACUUCUUUUUCUCUAGAUUUGGGUUAUUCUUGAUGGGGGGUUGCACAGGAGAGGAGAUCCGGAGGUGCAAGAUGAAAAAAGAAGGGUUAAACGAUGGACAAAGACGUAAUUUUGCCGUGUUGAGUUGUCCACCCUGACCAUACGAUUGAACCAACGGUCAAGAUCUAAAAAAUUCCAAACAAUUUCACCAAAUACCAUUCCAGCCCCCAAUCCCUAAAAAGAGCAUAUAUAUAUAUAUGCAUGCGUGGCCGUCUAAAAAGCUGCCAUGCAUUCAUGACCUACACGUGGCAAAGAAAGGAUCCAUGCAUUUAGGAAGAGAAUAACUAACUCUUCUCUUGCAAGAGAAUGAACACAGAAAGCUCAGCGGAGAAGAAAAUCAUUUCCGUUCUGUCCACAACAAUGUCCCUCUCAGAAAUGGCCUCACAAGCACAAAUGGUCAAGGAAACUUCAAAACUUACAAGCAAUGAUGCAUAUUUUGAAAUCAUUCAGUCAAGGAAGAAAUUACCACGUUCACUACAGGAGACUCUAACGGCUGCAUUCACUGCGAUUCCUGUUUCAUCUUUCCCACUGGUACCCAGCGGCAAAGUUAUUGAAAUUUCAGCAGAGACAACCAUAGCAGAUGCUGUUAGGAUCCUGUCUGAAUGCAACAUCAUGUCUGCUCCUGUGCAAAACCCAGAUGCAAAGACUAGUUUGGAUUGGAGGGACAGGUACUUGGGAAUCAUAGAUUACUCGGCCAUCAUUCUCUGGGUAUUGGAGAGUGCAGAACUUGCAGCAGUUGCCUUAUCAGCUGGUUCUGCAACAGCUGCUGGUGUCGGUGCUGGAGCUGUAGGUGCUCUUGGAGCACUAGCCUUAGGUGCUACUGGUCCUGCAGCAGUUGCUGGGCUAACCGUUGCAGCAGUCGGGGCAGCCGUUGCAGGUGGUAUGUCUGUGGAUAAAGGGGUUGGAAAAGAUGCUCCCACAGCUGCUGAUGACUUGGGCAAGGAUUUUUACAAGGUCAUCGUUCAAGAAGAACCCUUUAAAUCAACCACAGUGAGGUCAAUACUUAAAUCCUAUCGCUGGGCUCCUUUCCUCCCAGUUGCAACGGACAGUUCUAUGCUGAGCGUUCUACUAUUGCUCUCAAAGUAUAGGCUGAGAAAUGUACCAGUGAUAGAAUCAGGGAAGCCAGAAAUGAAGAACUUUAUAACACAAUCUGCAGUCGUUCAGGGACUCGAAGAAUGCAGAGGAAGGGAUUGGUUUGACUGCAUCGCUUCAAGUCCAAUAUCUGAACUAGGACUUCCUUUCAUGUCUUCUAAUGAGUUGAUCAGCAUCCAGAGCAAUGAACUGAUUCUGGAAGCUUUCAAGCUAAUGAAAGAAAACCAAAUUGGUGGUCUUCCAAUAGUGGAAGGGUCGUCGAAGAAGAUCGUCGGGAAGUUGAGUAUCAAAGACAUCCGACACUUGCUGCUGAAACCUGAACUUUUCUCCAAUUUGAGACAAAUUACUGUGAUGGAUUUCAUGAAUACUGUCAUCUCAACAACCCAAGAAAGUGGUAAAAUAAAAUCACCAAUUACAUGCAAGGCGGACUCAAAUCUUGGCAGUGUAAUCCACAGUCUUGCAACAAACUCAGUUCACAGGAUCUAUGUUGUAGAUGAUGAGGAAGAUGAAGUUAAAGGCGUCAUUACCCUGAGAGAUGUGAUCUCUUGUUUCAUAUUCGAGCCUCCCAACCAUUUUGAUAACUACUUUGGCUUUUCUGUGAAGGAAAUGCUGAAUCAGUGAAAAUGGUUAUAGCUGUUCUAUGAAAUAUAAUGCAUAUGUAAUUCAUUUCUAUGCAACUCCAACUGUAUUAAGUCCAGACAGUUUUGUCAAUCCUCUGGCUAGUCCUUUCUACAUCUGUCCACCUUCUGAUGUACCAAGUCACUUGUUGGGAAACCGUAUGUGGAGUCUCAUGAGGAAAAGGGUUUAAACUCAUUACAUUUCAUAAUAGCAAAUGUUACACUUAACGUUGCGUUA